UCAGUUUUGCUCUUCCGCUUCAGCGAAUAGGCAACCGUAAUCGCCCCAGCAACAUGGAUUUCUACUACUCCCCUCGAAGCAGUGGAUCCCGCACCAUUAUCAUGGUUGCCAAAGCUCUUGGACUGGAACUGAACAAAAAGCAACUGCGUAUCACAGAAGGGGAACACCUCAAGCCAGAAUUCCUUAAGCUCAAUCCCCAGCACACCAUUCCCACGCUGGUGGACAAUGGAUUCGCCAUUUGGGAGUCCCGUGCCAUAGCCGUCUAUCUGGUGGAAAAGUACGGCAAGGACGACUCCCUUUUUCCCAAUGAUCCCCAGAAACGCGCAUUGAUCAAUCAGCGAUUGUACUUCGAUAUGGGAACCCUGCAUGACUCCUUUAUGAAGUACUAUUACCCAUUCAUCCGUACUGGUCAGCUUGGGAAUGCCGAGAAUUAUAAGAAGGUCGAAGCUGCCUUUGAAUUCCUGGACAUUUUCUUGGAGGGCCAGGACUACGUGGCUGGUAGCCAGCUAACUGUGGCCGACAUCGCCAUCCUCUCCAGCGUUUCCACUUUCGAAGUGGUUGAGUUUGACAUCAGCAAGUAUCCAAAUGUGGCACGUUGGUACGCCAAUGCCAAAAAGAUCACACCCGGAUGGGAUGAAAACUGGAAGGGUCUGCUACAAAUGAAAACAAUGUACGAAGCCCAAAAGGCCUCAUUAAAGUAACUACAGUUUUUAUAAACUUAUAUG